AUGGACGAUGUGAAUAUGAGCGACGAUGAUAUUGAAGAAGAACCGAUUGAAGUAGCAUCAUCAACAAAAGCAUUAACAACAACGUCAUCCGAAAUUAAACAUGAACCAACAAAAGCUCGUUGUAAAGCUUGUCUUAAAACAUUUUCCGUUCAUUCUGAUGGAAAAUCAGCUGUUGAAAAACAUAUGAUUAGUAAUUCACAUAAAAAGUCUAUGAAAUUAUUCGAAAAUAAUUGUUCAUUAGUGCAAUUCAUUACUCCAGAACAUGAACUAGAUAAAAUUGCAGCAGUUGAAUGUGUACUCGUGUUUCAUGGAGUUAAACACGGUCAUAGUUACAAGUCUCAGGCAUGUACAGUUGAUUUAAUUCGAAAUGUAUUUGAAUCAUCAUUAUUGGCAAAGUCAAUUUCAUGUGGUAGAGCUAAAGCACGAUCAAUUACAUGUAACAUACUUGGUUCUUAUUUUACAAAAAGAGUUAUUGAUGAUUUAUUAAAUUCACGAUUCUAUUCAUUAUCUAUUGAUGCAUCAAACAAAGGAAAUUGCAAAAUGUUUCCAUUUACAGUUCAAUACUUUUCUGAAAUAGGUGUUAGUCGAGGACUAAUUGAGUUUAUCAGUGAUCCAAAUGAAGC